UACAAUGCAGCGACACGCAACUCUCUGAAGUCUUGAAAUACAACAGUUACCCGUAAAGUCUCGGGGGAUUACGCGUGUUUUCAAUGAAGGUUGGUUUUGUCCUUGAUCCCCUUUCGCCGCCAGCUGUCUCUGUGUGGUAGUGAGAGAGUAACGUUACUCAACCUUCGCAAGCUAGUUUUAGCAAAAGUGGCUAGCUAAGUAGGAUCACACAACCUUGCCCUGUCCGUCCAACGACGCUGGGUUUGUGCUCUGUGCUAAGCUGUGUGGGGACAGCUUUUCAAUAAAUCCUUUGUGAUUGCCAAUGUUAGUGAUUGUCGGAACACUCCUCGUGGUGCAGUUCAUGUAACUAACGCUAACUGUCCCUGUCCUGAGUGGGUUUGACCAGACAUGACCACCUAUUGACAGUUGCGUGUUUGGCUGGCAUGGACUCAGUAAAGCUGGGUGGAUGAGGAGCUAACGUACAACUGUCGUCUUAGACGACUUUGAACGCCUCCCCUGUGAGGGCUUCGAACGAGCCGGUCUUCAGGAUUUCCUCUCACAGCUUGGAGUAGCUCUCAUCAGCCCCUGAGCUACCAGGAUGUUGGAGGGCCUUGUUGCCUGGGUGCUAAACACAUACCUGGGAAGAUAUGUCAGCAACCUGAACACAGAUCAGCUCUCCAUCGCCCUGCUGAAAGGUGCAGUGGAGCUGGAGAACCUUCCUCUGAGGAAAGAUGCCCUCCGAGAGUUUGACCUGCCGUUUGAAGUUAAAGCAGGCUUCAUCGGAAAGAUUACUCUGCAGAUCCCUUUCUACCGGCCUCACAGUGACCCAUGGGUCAUCUCCAUGUCCCAGCUCAACCUGAUCAUCGGCCCCGCCCAGCAGCAGGAAUAUGACGGGGAGAAGGAGCGAGAGGAAGAGAGGGAGCGCAAAACACGCCUCCUCAAGGCUCUCGAAGACAAAUUCAAAAGUGAGUGUGAACAGAGGGGGGAGUCUUACUGGUACUCUGCCACUGCCUCAGCGGUCACCAGGAUUGUCGAGAACAUUGAGCUGAAGAUCCAAGACGUUCAUCUUCGAUUUGAGGAUGACGUCUCCAACCCAGAGAAACCCUUUUCCUUUGGGGUUUGCAUCAACAACGUUUGUGCUCAGAACCCCUCCAAAGAGACGGUCCAGAAGCUCCUCCGACAAAAGCAGCUGGAGAUAGAAGACUUCAGCGUCUACUGGGAUACACAAUGUGAAAUUCUGGGAAAGCUGCCUGCAAAUCAGAUCCAGGAUGCUAUGACCCAGUGCAUGCAGAGCCGGGAGCACCAGUACAUCUUUGAACCAGUGUGUGCUUCAGUGCUGCUCAGGAGAAACGCCUCCAAGGAGCCUCUGAGGUCCCGACACACCCCGCGGAUUGAAGGCCAGGUUCAGCUGGAGCCCUUGUCCUUACGCCUGUCACAGGUCCAAUACCAGCAGAUCAUGGCAUUCCUUAAAGAGCUGGACCGUCGGGAGAGAGAGAUGCUUUACCGGAAGUGGAGACCAAAAGUGCCCAUUUCUGGGAGCUGCCGGCAAUGGUGGAUGUUUGCCAUCCAGGCCAACCUGAGUGAGAUCAGGGAGCAGCGGCAGCGAGGAAGCUGGAGCUUUGCCCUGCAGCGGGCACGAGAUGCCCAGACCUACACCAGCCUCUACUUCAGAAGGCUUAAAGGAGUCCCACUGAGUCCUCAGGAAGAGAGUGAGCUGGAGCGAGUGGAAGAGGAGCAGACAUUAGAGGAGCUGCAGAGUCUCAGAGAAAUUGUCCACGACUGGUUUCGAAAGGAGGAAGAGAUGGCAGAGAAUGUGCGGGAGCCCAGCAGUGACCCCCAGCCCUGUUUACCCACCACAUCUAUCCCCAAGAGUGGGAGCUCAGGAAUGAUCCAGUACCUGCAGUCCUGGUUCCCGGGCUGGGGGGGCUGGUAUGGAGACUCCCAGGACCCAGACAGGCCAGAAGAGCUCCUGCCCAGCCCAUCCUCCUGGGACAUUCUAGCAGAGACAGAGGACCUGUUUGACCCAUUGGAGGACUCUCACACUCUGAACACAUUUACCAGGCGAGAUCACCUGUUCGCCCGGCUGGAGUUCUUACUGGAAAAGGGCGGGGUCACACUCUUCCACCAGGACAGGAGGGGGGGCGCGCUGCACGAGAGCGGGGUUAUCCAGUUGGAGUUCUCAGGGGUGAAGGUGACUUUGGAGUCUCUCCCUCGCUCGGAGUCCUCCCUGCUGUCCGUUAAGCUGGGUGGUUUGUUCCUGAGAGACUUGACUACUCAGGGCACCAUCUUCCCUGUCCUGGUGUCUCCUAAAACGGACAAAGUUGUUGUUGCCAUGCACCAGCCAGCUGGCCCGUCAAGCAGUUCCUCUGGAUACACUGCUGAGUGCUCACAAUCACCAGUGUUUGAGAUGAUUUAUGAGCGUAACCCUGUGAGGUGUAAGUUUGAGAGGAGACUGGAAGUGAACACUAGUCCAUUGAACAUCAUCUACAACCCACAAGCAAUCAAGAAAGUGACUGAGUUCUUCUAUAAAGGAAGAGUUCAUACCUCAGGUUUUGGAUAUCAGUCUGAGCUGGAGCUGAGAGUGGCAGAGGCUGCCAGGAGGCAGUACAAUAAGCUGAAGAUGCAGACCAAGGCAGAGAUCCGACAAACCAUUGAUCAGCUACUCGUGGGAGAGUUUAUCGAAAACAGUAAGCGUUGGACAAUGAAAUUGGACAUUUGCGCACCCCAGGUGAUUUUCCCUGAUGACUUCCAGUCAGAGGACCCGAUGCUAGUUGUUGUUGAUUUAGGCAGGAUUCUUCUCACAAACUCUCAAGAUGACACUAAGGCCAGCUCAAAGGCUGCUCAACCUGAAAGGGAAGACAUGAGUGAUGAUGAGUACCAGACACCCCUUGGAACCCCACCAGAGUCUCCACCACCUGAACUAGACAUGCCUUUAAAAGAACAGCGCAAAAGCCCUGACCUUUCCAGCCUCAGAUCCCCUGAAAGUACACAGGCCUACAGCAGAAAACUUUACGAAAAAUACUCCUUGUCCUUUAAGGAUCUCCAGAUAAUGGUUGGUCGCUGUAAGGACAACUGGAAACAUCUUCAAGAGAGUGAGGUAGGGCCUACUCACGUGGUAGAGAAGUUUAAUGUGCUGCUACGGCUUGAGCAGAGACUUCGCUACACAUCGGACCCCCAGCUCCCCGGGGCUGUGCUGUCAGGAACUCUACCAGACCUCAAGGUCCAUAUCAACCUUGAGAAGAUGACAGCCCUUAGGAGUUGUCUGGCUAGGCUAAGCAGUCCACCUGUGAGUGAAGGGGACAAAAGCCAAGACAAAAGUCCAAAUAUAAGGUCUCCCGACCCCCUUACCCUCCGUCAUGACAAGAUCUUUCAGAGGGAGGACAGCUCCUGGAAGCUGCAAGGUUCAGCCAAGAACCUGACCCAGAGCGUGAUGACUUUGGAGCAGCACACACGGGAAGUCCUGGUGGAAUCCCGUUUACUUUUAGCUGAAUUCAACAUUAACUACAUGCAGCUUGGUGUAGAAAGUGACGGCCGCUACAUAUCUGUUCUCAAGGUAUUUGGCACAAAUGCUAAUUUUGUCAAGCGCCCCUAUGAUGCUGAAGUCUCUCUGACUGUCCACGGUCUUCUGCUGGUGGACACCUUACAGACCUAUGGCUCAGACUUCGAUCUCCUUGUGGCUUCUCAUAAGAAUCUCAGUUUUGACAUACCCACGGGCAGCCUCCGAGAGAGCCAGCCUUCGUCCCCUGUGUCGCCUGAUGGCAGGUCCCCCGAGCAUCAGGGCCAUCUUACUGAGUCCGUCUCUGGUAUGUCCAUGGAUAGAAUCUCUCCCUUCAGUUCUUUUCUCAAAGACCAGGAGGCCCUUAUUAAGCUUGAAUACCAGUUUGUGAGCUCAGACUGCCCAUCCAUGAACCUGGACAGCUCCCUUCAGGUGACAAGCAUGCAGGUCAAUAACUUGGACAUCAUUCUCAACCCUGAGACGAUGGUGGAGCUGCUCAAGUUCCUGCAGAAAUCUUUCCCCAAAGAGGAAAGCACCUGGACAUCGCCAGUGCAACAACACACAACACAGCUUUGCAGUGAGGAAGAGGAGGGGACAUAUCAGGGCACCUAUGACCAGAACAAAGAGCUGACUGUGGAGAUCCACCGUCUUAACCUGCUUCUCCUUCGGACUGUGUCCACUGGCACGGUCCUUGGUGCUGAGAAGAAAGGGUUGAAGAUUGCCACUGCCAGCAUCACUGGCACCAAGGUCAAUGUGUCCAUGGGCAGUCGGUUGGACAUCAAUGGUUCACUCGGGUCCAUGCAGUUGGUGGACCUGACCCAGGAAGGAGGCAGAAGCCAGUUUGUGGUCAGCAUUGGUAGUGCUAACAGUUCCUCAACUCUCGGUGGAUUAACAUUCCUUGCUGACACAGGAGGUUCUCCCUCAGAAGCUUUAGAUUUUCGCCUUAUGGAGAAAUCCCAAGGGGAGUGUUCCUUGCAACUUCAAAUGGCAUCCUUGCACUAUAACCACUCAGCCAAGUUCCUGAAGGAGCUGAGUCUGUCUGCCAAUGAGGUAGAAGACAAUUUCCGCUCCAUGCUGAAAAGUGCUGCCACCAAAGUGUCAACAGUUCUAGCCACCAAGACGGCAGAGUACAGCGGUAUGGUUUCGCUCUUUGAGACUCCCUCAAGGAGAUCUCGGACCCAGAGUCAGAGCUGGCCUUAUCCAUUUGAGGAGGAGGAGGAUCUUCCCUCGGAAGAACCUGAAUCCGCCUUAGACACAUUCUUGGUGAAGCUGACCCUUAAUAUCAGCAUUGAAUCCCCAGUUGUGUCCAUUCCACGUAAACCUGGACACCCUGAGCUCUUGGUUGGUCACCUAGGAAGCAUAACGAUCCAGAAUUUUGUCACUGGGCAAGACUCCGAAGGAGAGAGGUUGCAGGUGUUGGUGAGGGAUAUUCGACUGUAUUCUGUCAACUUGAGUCAUUUGGUCUUGAAGAGGGCAACCAGAGAGGAUAUGGCUGGCGGCAUGUCACCAUCCCACAAUGGGAGCAUCACUCAGGAUGAACCACAGUUUACACGUCAAGACUUCUUUGAAUCGCUCAGCCGUGGAAAAGCUUUCCACAUAUUGAAAGACACCACUAUACAGUUCACCCUGGAGAAAGUACCCGUUGAUGAAGACACCCAGUUCUCCUUCAACACAGAGGAGCCCUGCAAGAGCACAGGGUUACUGAGAAUUGAGGGCAAAUUCGUCAACCCCGUUCAGGUGUUCCUGUGCAAGCCUGUGUAUGAACAAGUCCUCCAGACAUUGGACAAUUUGUCUCUGAUUGAGGAGCAACGUGUCACACCCAGCCAACCGCCCACACCCCCUCCACCAACUCCUUCCUCCACCAGACCUCACCGUUUUCCUGACCCCCAGGGAGGGCUGUUUGCAAGGGACCCUCCCUAUAUCAGCUUUUCCCACUCGUCGCUCUCCUCCCCUUUGCCUCUACAGUCUCACCAAACCUCUUUACCAAACACAUUCACCCAGCUCAAAGUCACCUUACAUGUGGCAGAACUGCAAGUCCAGCUCAGUGCAGACCUGACUCAAGGCUCCCAGGGCUUGGUCAGCCUGCGCUUCCAAGAUUUGGAGGGAGAGUUUACAAAAGACCACCCUCAUCUACUGGCAAUCCAGCUGGCUCUGCACUCGCUGCUAAUGGAGGACCUCCUGGAACAGAACCCUGAGUCAAAGUACAAACAUUUGAUGGUGUCUCGCGGAGCACCCAAGCCCUCCACCUACAGUCCAAAGGAGUACCUUUCCCAGAGCUGUCCGUCAGCAUCCAAUGCCCUGUUCCCAGACAUGCCCCGCUCCCUGCCUGCACACAUGGAGGAGGCCCAGAACGUCUUCCAGCUCUACCAGAGGCAUCCCAGCACCCCUUCAGCCAGCAAUCGCAAAUCCAAGAGGGACCCAGACUGUCCCAGCACUCCACCUCCCUCUCCUACCCACCAUGCACCGUCCCCUCAGCCACCCCCAGACUUUGAUGACUCCUUAGUUCAUAUCAAUGUGCAGCUCGUGGACCAGAACCACCCAGAGUUCAAAACACGCUAUGGCAGAGUGGGCCGAAGCGUGGACGUUGACUUUAACUGCCUCGACGUGUUGAUCACCCUGCAGACCUGGGUGGUCAUCCUGGACUUCUUUGGCAUUGGCUCCACAGCCAAUAAUCAUGCCGUGAAGUUGCCCCCUAUGUCACCUCCAGCUGAGCCUGGACAUCCUCUGUACGAGCCAGACCUGAGUGAGGAGGAGACAUCAGAGGCCGUCAACACUAAAGUGGACCUAAAGGUCCAUUCUUUGUCUCUUGUACUGAACAAGAAACUCAACGAGCUUGCCAGAGCGAGUGUGUCCAAAUUAUCUGCUCAUCUGGAAAUGUUAGAUGGCGACCUGGCUUUGCAAGGCAGUUUAGGGAGUUUGUCCCUGAGUGACCUUACCCCACAUGGUGAUCUCUACAGAGAGCGCUUCACCACACGAGGAGGGGAGGCACUCAUUUUCAACAUCAAUAAGUACGGCCAGCCUGAUCCUUACCUAGAGCGAGAAUGUGACAUCAAGGUGUCUCUGCAGAUGGCCUCGGUGCAGUACGUCCACACGCAGCGCUUCCAGGCCGAGGUGGUGGCCUUCAUCCAACACUUCACCCAGCUACAGGAUGUCCUGGGCAGGCAGAGGGCUGCAGUGGAGGGCCAGGCUGUGCGUGAUCAUCCUCAGCGGGCUUCCAGGGUUCUGCUGGAUAUUGAGGCCGGCGCCCCGGUCAUUGUCAUUCCAGAGAGCUCGUGCUCGUCAAGGGUCAUUGUGGCCAACCUGGGCCAGCUGAGGGUGCAGAACUGCUUCCUGCCAGCUGGGGCUCAUGGGACUUUUUCCCUCCGAGACAAGGAGCGUGUCCAGAAAGCAGCAGAGAGGAGAAGUGAGCAGGAGAAGCCUAAGACCCCCCCCUCCACCUCCAGCUCCUCCUCCUCCACAGGGUUUAUCCUCAGCAAGCCCCAGGUCCCAGACACAUGGAGGGCCACUGAGAAGGAUGAACCUCACAGCUUAGAAGAGCACGUGUGCCUGCUGGACUGCAUUGCUCUGGACCUGCAGGAGGUGGAUAUCUUUGCUGCAGAGCGUCUGCCCUGUCAGCCCAGGGACAGCGUUGGUAAACCUCCUGAGUCCUCAGACCUCAUCUUUCCUUCGUACUCUGUGCGCCGCACUGGAGACAACCUGCUUAAGGACUGCUGCCGUCUCAAGCUCAAAGUGGAACGCAACCUGGACAAGGAGCUGAGCCAUGCGGUACCUGACAUGUCCAUCCACGGCAGCUUGUCAUCAGUACACUGCUCUCUGGACCUGGAGCACUACCAGCUGAUCAGAGGGCUGCUGGAGAACAACCUGGGAGAGCCUGUUGAAGAUUUCCUAAGACCCUACAACCUACAAGACCCCAGCACCUAUACUGUGUUAGGUGGAGAUGUCUACACCAGCCUGUCAUUCCUGGUGGACAUGAUGGAUGUCAGUCUGGAGCUCUUGGACAGCCCCACACCCACAGACCCACAGAAGCGCUCAUUAGCAAGGUUUGACUUCAUGAAAUCCAAGCUUCUCUUUGAGAGUUUGUCCAAUGGGUCCAAGUCCAUCAACUUGGUGUCUCACUCCCUGUUGGCGUACGACACUCGCUGCACCGAGCCGAAUGCGAGCACCGGUAGAGCUGAUGGGGCAAGGCACAAUGUGUUUGACUGCAUCCUCCAACCCUCCAAAACAGGCACCAACCGGGCGACACUGCAGCUGGAGCUGCAUUAUAGAUCCACACGCGAGUCUUCCUGCUUCACGGUGGUCCUCAACAACCUGAGGGUCUUCCUCAUCUUCGAUUGGCUUCAGCUGGUGCGAGACUUCCUGCAGGUGCCGGUGGUGAAGGCAUCCGGCGGUGCUGAGCCUCGUCAGCGCUGGCCCAGUAGCACCAGCACUGACUCAGGCACCGCCACCACCACCACCACCACCACCGGGGCCGUCAUGCCAAAGACUGUCAAGAGCGGUGUGGUCACCAAGAGGUCCACGGUGCCAGUCACCCAGGACCGCUGCCUGGAGGUCAAGAUCAACGUCACAGGCACAGAGUUUGUGGUAGUGGAGGACUCGUCUUGUCUGGAUACCCACGCCAUCAUUCUUAAAGGCACCACGGUCCUCACCUACAAACCCCGUCUGCUGGACAGACCUUUCUCUGGCAGCCUCGCAGGAAUAGAGGUGUUCUCGUGUCGGCUGGGCAGUGAGCAGGAGACGGCGCUGUCCAUCAUUGACCCAGUCAAUAUUCAGGUGGAGCUGUGUGGGAGCCCCACAUACCAAAGCAGCUCCGGUCUGCUGGACGCCUUCAAUGUUGAGGACAUCCCACCACUGCUGGAGAUUCAGUUUCCUACUCUGGACAUCCGUCUGUCCUACAACGACAUUCAGCUCUUCUUGGCCAUCGCUAGGUCCAUCCCUACUUCUAGCUCUGCUCUGCCCUCUGACUGUGAUAGCAGCACUGCAGCCAGCACUGAGCCCGCUACAGCCAAAGACAGCUUCAGGCAGAAGACUGAGGCCCUCAUAGAGGGCCAGCUGACCCGUUUACAAGACCUUGGCUUCAGGAAAGAGGACUGCAAAAGGGCCCUGAUCCACUGUCGAGGCCAGCUGGACCAGGCUGCCACGUGGCUGCUUGAAAACGCUGAGAACAUUGUGGGCCAUGCCAGAUCCAGGACUGACUCCAGCUCCAGCAGCCACUCCGCUCCUCUGUCAGGGGUGGAGGUGAAGGCUGAGAGUGUGUGCAUCUGUUUCAUCGAUGACUGUCUGGACUGUGACAUACCGCUGGCUGAGCUCACCUUCUCCAGGCUGUAUGUGCUGCAGCGUAUUGGUUCCACUCAGGAAGGAAACGCCAGCUUCACUCUGUCAGGAGACUACUACAACAGAGAGCUGUCAGGCUGGGAGCCCUUCAUCGAGCCCUGGCCCUGCUCUCUGUCCUGGCAGCAGCAGGCCGCCGGCCGUCUCCAUCCUCCACGUUUCAAGAUGGGGAUCCGGGCCAAGCAGAGACUGGAUGUCAACAUCACCUCUGUCCUGCUGGAACAAUACAACACCACCAAGAGCGCCUGGAUAGCUGACUACUGUAAGGAGGAGGAGCACACCCCCCAGUCUUCACCCCCUCUGCCCUGGAUGGGCUCCUCGGUCGACCCACCCAGCUUCGGACAGACCGAUGUCAAGCUGUCCAAGAGGAGGCAGCCAUUUGUGCCAUACGCUCUGCGCAACCACACAGGAUGUACCAUGUGGUUUGCCACUCUGACUACAACUCCCACAAGGGUAGCGCUGUCUCACAGCAGUAGUGCAGACUCCAUCUCAGAGGUCCACGGCCCAGGGACUGAUGACACUCACAAUGUCAGCCAGUGGAGGGAGGUGCUGCCUGGAGAGGAGAUUCCCUUUGAGUUUGAGGCCCGCGAGAAGCUCCGCCACCGACACACUCAUGAGCUGAAGCUGCACCAGCUGCUGGUGCGGGUGUGUGGAUGGGAGCAAGUCAAGCCGGUGUCUGUGGACAAAGUGGGCGUGUUCUUCCGUUACGCAGCUCCGGACAGAAACAACUCGUCCAAUACUGUUGGCAGUCCUAUUAGCAGAACCAACAUCAUCCACCCGCAUGUUUAUUUCUCGGCCCUGCCUCCGGUCAGAGUGGUCUUCUCCAUCACGAUGGAGGGCAGUGCCAGGAAGGUCAUCACUGUCCGCUCUGCCCUCAUGGUGAAGAACCGGCUGGAUGUUCCUAUGGAGGUCAGACUGGACAGCCCCUCAGCUCCUGACAAACCGGUGGUGUUGCCUCCGAUCCUUCCUGGCCAGGCCUUGGCAGUCCCGCUCCACCUGACGUCCUGGAGGCUGCAGGCUCGGCCCAAAGGCCUGGGCCUGUUCUUCUGUAAGGUUCCCAUCCACUGGACCAGCGUGGAGCGGCCCGGAGACAUCAGCAGCAGCAAGAGGGAGUGUCAGUCAGCAGACUUUGACGACAGCCUCAAGCGCAACUUCAGGUUUUGUGUGGUCAUCAAAAAGGAGAACUACCCAGACCAGCAGCCUGCCAAGACGGUCUCUGGCAGCGCCAAGCAGAUCUAUCGACAGCCAGGCCACACCAUCUACCUGCUGCCCACCAUGGUGCUGGCCAACCUGCUGCCCUGUGACCUCAACUACUACAUCAAAGGAACGUCAAUCAAAGGCGCCCUGAAGCCGGGGAAAGAGGCUGUUCUUCACGGGGCCGACACCUCGCAGAACAUGGAGCUAGGAGUCCUGCUUGAGAGCUUCCCUGUGUGCAAAGAGCUGCUGAUUCCACCUGGCACUCAGAACUAUGUGGUACGCAUGAGGCUGUAUGACACCAACAAACAUCUGCUCUGCCUCAUCAUCCGCAUCAUCCUGCGAGCGCAGGGGGCCCUGAAGAUCCUGAUUUCUGCCCCCUACUGGCUGAUAAACAAGACUGGUCUGCCGUUAAUCUUCCGUCAGGACAACGGCAAAGCCGAUGCUGCUGGCCAGUUUGAGGAGCACGAGUUGGCCCGAAGCCUCAGUCCGUUACUAUUCUGCUACACUGACAAAGAGCAGCCUGCUAUGUGUACUAUGCGGAUCGGGAAAGGGAUCCACCCAGAUGGAGUUCCAGGCUGGUGCCAGGGUUUUUCCCUGGAUGGAGGGAGUGGAGUCCGGGCAGUAAAAGUUAUCCAGCACGGAAACAGGCCUGGCCUUAUAUACAACAUAGGCAUCAGCGUGCGGAAGGGAAAAGGACGCUACAGGGACACUCACAUCGUGACCUUUGCCCCGCGCUACCUGCUGGACAACCGCUCUACACACAAACUGGCCUUCGCUCAGAGAGAGUUUGCAAGAGGAAAGGGUACGGUCAACCCUGAGGGUUACAUCUCCACCCUGCCGGGCUCCAGCGUCGUCUUCCACUGGCCCCGCAACGACUACGACCAGCUGCUGUGUGUGCGCCUCAUGGACACCCCCAACUGCACCUGGUCUGGAGGCUUCGAGGUCAACAAGCCCAAGUCCUUUCACGUCAACAUGAGGGACACCCUGGGGAACUGUUUCUUCCUGCGGACAGAGAUCACCCUGAAGGGAGCCACCUACCAGAUCUCCUUCUCUGAUGCCGACCAACUGCCUCCACCCUUCCGCAUCGACAACAUCUCUGAGGUGCCAAUCCAGUUCUGGCAACACGGUGUGGCUGACCUCCGGCUGCACACUGAGGUGAAGGCAGGCUCAGUGCUGGACUACGCCUGUGAUGAGCCCACGCUGCCCCCCUACCUCACACUGACUGUGAAGGGAGCCGGAUCCUCAGAGGUCACGUCUGACAUGAACUUCUUCAGAGAAUACAACAAGCUCUACUACGAGAACUUCAUCUAUAUCGCAGCCACACACACCUUCUCAACGAAUGUUGAGAAGAGACCUGUUGGGAAGAAGCGUCUGGUGAGCUCUGCUGAACUGGUUCUGGAUGUGGACACCAAGACUCAACGGGUCAUCCUGAGAAAGAAGGAGCCGGGGAAGCGCUCCCAGCUGUGGAGGAUGACCGGGACCGGCAUGCUGUGUCAUGAAGGCUCGUCUCCACCGCAGAGCAAGCCGGCACAGCCACGCCCACUGGACUCCUCCUUGGUGCUGGACAUCGCCGGGCUAGCAGCUGUCAGUGACAACAGUUUUGAGCCGUUGAUGCUGAGGAGGCCGGACUCUCGCCGCACCACCACGCAGACGUGGUAUUUCAGCUCAGGCAUGCUGACCUGUGGCCUGCCCCGGCUGGUAGUCCAGGUGAAGGGCGGGACGGCAGGUCUGUAUGAUGGAGCAGAGGUGGUGCUGGGACCAGACGCGGGGCUGCAGGAGCCCGGCCCCGAGCAGCAGUUCAUCAACCAGAAGAUGAGACCUGGUUCUGGCGUGCUGUCGGUCCAGGUGCUACCAGAUGGACCCACACGUGUCCUGCAGAUCAGUGACUUCAACCAGAGGAGAAUGAUCCGGAGCUCAUCCUCCUCAGAACAGGAAAGGGGCAAAGAGGAUGUAAAGAAGAGAGAGACUGAGCAGGAGCUGGAGGUGUUGGUGAACCUGGAGGAAGGGGUGGGUGUGUCUCUGGUCAACAAGGUUCCUGAGGAGCUUGUGUUCACUACGCUGUCGGGUAUAGACAUCCACUUCACCCGCACUGCUGCCAACGAGGUGUUAGAGCUCAGCAUUCAGAACAUCCAGGUGGACAACCAGCUGCUGGGUACCACCCAGCCUGUGAUGCUGUGUGUGACUCCCAGCUCCAGUGAUAGCGGCGUCAACGACAGUGGCCCAGCCCUGCAGGUCAACUCAGUCAAGGUUCCCAGCAGCCUCAUGCUCACAGAUCUCUUCAAGCACCUCAUGGUGACGGCCCGGCGCUUCACGGUCAUCAUCGAAGAGAAACUGCUGCUCAAGCUGCUCAGCUUCUUUGACUACGGACAGACAGAAGCUGAGCUGGAGAAGUUGGAUGAAAACAUUUAUGAGAGGCCCAACGAGGACGCAGGACCUCCCAAACGGUACUACUUUGAGAACGUGAAGAUCAGCCUCCCUCAGGUCAAACUGAGUGUCUUCACCUCUCACAAGCUGCCUCCUGAUCUCAAGGCCCUGAAAGGUACCCUGGGCUUUCCUCUGGUUCGCUUUGAGGAUGCGGUCAUCAACAUGUACCCGUUCACCAGAGUGCAUCCCUACGAAACCCAGGAGAUCAUCAUCAAUGACAUCCUCAAGCACUUCAGAGAGGAGCUGAUCAGCCAGGCAGCUCAGAUUCUGGGCUCUGUGGACUUCCUGGGGAACCCCAUGGGCCUGGUCAAUGAUGUCACUGAGGGUGUGUCGGAGCUCAUCAAGUACGGCAACGUGGGUGGUCUCAUACGCAAUGUGACCCACGGUGUGUCCAACUCUGCUGCCAAGUUUGCAGGGACUUUAUCAGACGGGCUCGGGAAGACCAUGGACAACCGGCACCAGAGCGAGCGAGAGUACAUCAGAUACCACGGAGCCACCAGCGGAGAGCACCUGGUAGCAGGGAUCCACGGACUGGCUCAUGGGAUCAUCGGAGGCAUGACAAGCAUCAUCACUUCCACAGUGGAGGGCGUGAAGACGGAGGGCGGAGUCAGCGGCUUCUUCUCAGGCCUGGGUAAAGGUCUGGUCGGCACCGUGACCAAACCCGUGGCCGGAGCUCUGGACUUCGCCUCGGAGACGGCACAGACGGUCCGGGACAUGGCUAGUCUCAGUAACCACAGGCUCAGUGUGCAGCGGGUCAGGAAGCCUCGCUGCUGUAAAGGACCUCAGGGUCUGCUGCCUCGACACUCGGCCACACAGGCUGACGGUCAGGAGCAGCUUUUCCGCCUUACUGACAACAUCCACUCUGAGUUCUUCAUCGCUGUGGAGCCCAUCGACAGCUACUGCGUCCUCAUCUCCUCCAAAGUUGUCUACUUCCUGAGGCCGGGGGACUACGUGGACCGUGAGGCCAUCUUCCUGGAGGUCAAGUACGACGACCUCUACCACUGUCUGGUCUCUAAGGAUCAUGGGAAGGUAUAUGUGCAGCUCACCAAGAAGGCUGACAGCACCAGCAGUGGUGUGGCCAUGCCUGGCCCCUCCCACCAGAAACCCAUGGUCCAUGUGAAGAGUGAAAACCUCGCCAUCAAAAUCUCUCAAGAAAUCAACUAUGCCAAGAGUCUGUACUACGAGCAGCAGCUUAUGCUUCCUGCCAGCGAGAACGAAGACUGCUUGCUGCUCGAGUCCUGAUCACGUGUCUCCUCUGAAGGAACUCCUCUAAAAAUCCUGAGAAGGCGACGACUUUUAUUGAAUUUGUAGGAAUCAGAUGUUUACAGUGUCUGAAGUAAAGGGAAUAGUCCUACACCUGUGCACUUAGUUUAGUCACAUGGCCAGAUUUUUUGGCAAAGCAAAUACAUGCACACGACAUAAAAACAUAUGCAAAGCAGUGUUGUUUUGACUGUGUAUAUGUAGAAAACACUGUUCCUCUGUCUUUAUAUGACUGCUGAAGACAUCCUCCAGGUGUUCUAUAUGUUUGUGAAUAAACAGAAAUGUAAAUAGAGCUACAUACCAAUACUAUCAACCAGUGUACAUACUGUAUUAAUUAUGAAGUAUGAAGAAUAACAACAAAAGCUGAUAAUGUGAAAUGUAACAAACUGCCUUUGCAACUCUAUUUUGUGUACAAGAGACUAUUAGUUGGGGGGGGGGGGGGUGAAUUGCACUGACACAGGGAGGGAGGUGCGGCCUCCCUGCCUCACACACACUGAAGCCUGUCAUUGUCUCUGCCUUUAUCAAUCACACAGGUCUGAUGUUUCUCCACUUUUAUUUCACAGCCCUUUUUUAAUGAGCCCGCUUCUUUCUAUCCAGAGCUGUCCUCUAAACGACAGUGAGCACUUCCGUCUAACUUGUCUUUGGGUUUUGAUUUGGUGUCGGAUGAGAUUUUCCUGAGCUGAGUUUUUGUUGUGUGUUAGAGAGGAGAAGUCCAGUUAGAGAGGGAUUGGACAGUGGUGGAUAUGUGAUCCUGUAAAAUAACCUUCACAUGGACACCGCUUCAAUAAAGAACCACAAUUGCAGUACUCACUGAGUGGGACCUGUUAUUCCCACACUUAAAUGUACAGGUAUACAAUAUUCUGUCAUGCAUACACAAAGCUGUUUGGGGUGGUCAUGAUGAUUGUCACUAUGAUAAAAUUCACCAGAGAUUGUGCUUACAGCGACUGUUCAUCCAACUCCCAAGUUCGAUUCCAGAGGGGGAUCAUUAUAGAUAAUGGAUACAUUCAUUUUCCGAUAAUGAUGUUAUCAACCUGCAACAUCGCUAUGAUCAAGUUCUAACUCUAGGUGCUGGUUGGGCCGCUGUGCUCUCCCCUCGGCUCCUCUCCCGCUACACCUCAGGAGACCAGUCUGUUACUCAGAUGACACAGGGGUCAUCACCGUCUGCAUACAGACGGGAGGUUGCAUUGAUUAACAUUGACACCACAUGAUGGAGGUUUAUGUUUUCAGUUUUAUUCUAGAGGAUAUAUUAUAUUACAAUCUGUUACACAUGGUUUUAUAGGGCUAACAUCAACGUUUGCUUCUACA